UGGAAAAUAAUUCGAUAGUACAGCAAAAGGACACAGAUAUUCCCUUCUGGAGGAAACGUCGAUAUCAUAUAGCUUUGAUGGUUCUCCCAGGACUAGCUACGCUACUUAAUCUUCGGAUUAAUCUCAGUGUAGCCAUUGUGGCUAUGACUCAGGUAGUCAAUGUGACCCUCAGCAAUGGAACUGUUGUUGAAGAGCAAGAAUUUGAUUGGGAUAUUCAACAGCAGGGUCUUCUUCUAAGUUCCUUCUUUUAUGGCUACAUCGCUACUCAAGUACUCGGAGGUUUUCUUGCAGCCAAAUUUGGUGGUCAUCUGAUUUAUGGAAUUGGAUUUGGAUCGACGGCUGUUCUAACUUUGAUCACCCCACCAGCAGCAAAAGCUCACAUAGCUCUUCUAUUCAUCGUUAGAAUUCUACAAGGCUUAUUCGGGGGACUCUGCUAUCCAUCAUUGCAAGCAAUCUGGGCUAACUGGGCACCAAUUUACGAGAGAGCUUUCAUGGGAAAUAUAGCCUAUACUGGCUACUACAUUGGAAUCAUUGCUGCAAUGCUUCUAUCGGGCUUAAUUAGUGAAGCACUAGGAUGGGAAUUUAUCUUUUAUAUUUUUGGAACAUUUGGAUGCCUCUGGUACAUUGGGUGGAUUUUUAUGGUGAGAGCAAGUCCAGAAGUUGAUCCUUAUAUCACAGAAGCAGAGAAGAAAUACAUCUUAGCCAGUAUUGGAGAUCGAAGGCAGAUCAAGAAGAUUUCUCAUCCCUGGAAGGAUAUUUUCUCAUCUUCAGCAGUUUGGGCUGUUCUUGUGGCAAGCAUCACUGCAAUGUGGGGUUCUUAUACUCUAAUGACGCAACUUCCUCUUUUCCUAAAUGAUACACUAAACUACAAUUUAGGAACAACCGGAGUUUUGGCUGCAAUCCCCUACAUGGCAAUGGUUUGUGUCCUUUUUGCAUCAGGUUACUUGGCGGAUUGGGUGCAAGUUAAGGGCUACUUAAAAACAAAUCAAGUUCGCCGCUACUUUACUUGCGGAUCCUUCAUUGUCCAAAUGAUUUUUAUGCUUCUCACCGCCUUCACGACUACUCCUAUCUUGAGCGUUGUCUACAUAACUCUUGGUGUUGCAGCAAAUGCCUUUACAUGGUCAGGUUAUGGGGUUUGCCCCCUCGAUAUGGCUCCCAGUCAUGCAUCCAUCAUCUAUGGGCUGUCCAAUACAUUUGGCACCUUUUCUGGCAUCAUCAGUCCCAUCGUAACUGGAAGCAUUGUCACGGAUCACGGCCCUGAACAAUGGAGAAUUAUUUUCUACAUUUGCGCAGGAAUUUUCCUCUUUGGCUCCAUCUUUUCGUGGUUCUUCCUCAGAGGAAAACUUCAACCAUGGGCUAAGAUUGAUAUUGCUAUAAUGGAAGCCAAAAUGAAUCAAAAAGUUGAGAAAAAUACUUCAGACUCUAGUUCUGAAUAAUUUUUAAAUUAAAUUUAUUUAAUAAGACAAUCAUUUUGAAUUAAAAUUCUUUGAAAAAUAUAAUUUUUAAUUAAA